AUGCGGGCGCUGGCGCUCAGCCGGUGGCUCCGCGGCGCUGUCCGGGCCCGGUCGGGCGGACCGGGGAGCGCCCGCCCCGCGCCGGGCUCCCCGCAGAAGGUGACGGUGGACGUGCUGGAUCGCUUGGAACACUUGGCCUUGGUGGAUUUCCGUGACUCCGAGGGUGUGGAGCGGCUGCAGAAGGCGAUCCAGUUUGCUGAUCAGCUUCAUGAAGUGAACACUGAUGGCGUAGAACCGAUGGAUUCAGUGCUGGAGGACAGGUGUCUGUAUCUCAGAGAAGAUGAUGUUACAGAGGGCAACUGCACAAAAGAGCUGCUGAAAAAUGCCAGAGAGAAAGUACAAGAAUAUUUUGUAGCCCCACCAGGUAACAUCCCUUUGCCAAAACUGGAAGAACGAGAGAGUUAUCUGCAGAGCUCUUAGCCCAGAGCCCAAAUGCCAUUCCAGUGUUUUAUUUGCCAC